AUACAUAUAUAUAUAGAUGAAUAAUAUGAUGGAUGGCGGCGGCGGCCAUGGAAAUGGUAUGCAACACAAGCCUAAUUUCCCUCUGCAACUGUUGGAGAAAAGUAGUACAUCAGAUCAUCAUCAUCACCAUCAUCAUCAUCAUCAACAUCAAAAUCAAGAACCCUAUAUUAGUAAUAAUAAUAAUAAUCCCACCGCUGCUUCAAAUAUUCUGGCCGUCGCCGCUACUACUACUGAUCAUCACCCAGUACAACAAUUAGAUCAGCCUGCGGGUAGCAAGAAGGCGGCGCCGCCCAAGAGAACCACCACCAAGGACAGGCAUACUAAGGUCGACGGCCGCGGACGCCGGAUUCGGAUGCCGGCCACCUGCGCCGCUAGGGUUUUUCAGCUCACUAAAGAGCUGGGACAUAAAUCCGACGGCGAAACCAUCGAGUGGCUGCUCCAGCAGGCGGAGCCGUCGGUGAUUGCCGCCACCGGAACCGGAACUAUCCCGGCGAAUUUCAGCUCGCUUAAUAUAUCCGCCAGGAGUUCGGGUUCGACACUCUCGGCUCCGUUGCAUUUGAGGAAUAGCAGUUAUUUCAGCCAGAGUUCCUUUGCGGCGGCGCCGCCGCAGUUCAGAUUUAGGGCUGAUCAGUGGGACAGAAGUGCGGUUGAGGAUUCUUCGUCGCCGUCGUCGGCGCAGAGAAGGGUUUUGUUUCCCGGAAUUGGAUUGUCGUCCGAGAAUAAUUCGCUGAAUUUUCUGAACGGUAAUAUGAAUGCCAUGUUACAGGCUAAGCAGGAAUUGCGGGAUACAGGCCUUGGGAUGGCGGUGGCGGCGGCGGCGGCGGCGGAGGAGGAGGAGGAGGAUGAAGAGGAGGCGGGUGGGGGGCGGCGGAAGCGGCGGUCGUCUGAGGAAGAUCUGACGCAAACCCAGAUGGGGAACUAUAUGAUGAUGCAGUCCGGUUCAGGGAAUAUUCCGGCGAGUCAAGGCCACGGUUCGGCCACGGCGUUUCUUAUGAUGACGAAUCCCGGCGGACAGAAUAUGAGCGGCGAUCAAUCUUUGUGGAGUUUUCCUUCCAUCGGGAAUUCUAGCAUGUACAGAGGAAGUUCCGUGGCGGCGGCGGCCAAUUAUAGUGGGCUGCAUUUUAUGAAUCUUCCGGCGCCGAUGGCGCUCUUGCCGGGGCAGCAACUAGGAGGGGGUGGCGGCGGCGGAGGCGGUGGUGGUGGUGGUGGGUUAAUGAUCGACGGGCAUCUGGGAAUGCUUGCAGCGCUCAAUGCAUUCAAGUAUAGUAAUACCCAUGGCGGCGGCGGCGGUGGAGGAACGGAGGCAGGCCAUGGCUCAAAUGGCGGCGGCGGCGGCGAUGAUCACUGACAUAUUCCAUAUGAUUGGUAUAUCCUUCUCGAAUUUCAUCAGUUUCUUGAAAUAUGGAUAUAUUAUAUUAUAUAUAUUUAAUAUUAUAUUAAAUAAUAUUUGAAUGCUUAGGUUGCAGUGUUUUAUUAUCAGGGUUUGAUUACUAAGUAAGUACUGAUUUUUAUCAAUUUGAUUGCGUGAAUAUCGAGUUUGAUCUUUUAUAUAUUCUAUUCUAUUAUGUAAUAUUAUUGACAGCAAAUGUUUUUAUUUAGACUACAUUUUGAUUUUUGAUUGAAGGAUUUCGUGUGGUUGAGCUGGGAA